AUGAGAGUGAGACUUUUCGCCGACCCGUUCAGCGCACCUCGCAACACCUGCAGCAGCAGCGACGACGACGAUGACGAUGACACCGACCCGUGGGGCGCCGUCUCGGCGACGGCCUACGCCAUCGUCAUCAUCGCCAACGUCGCGCUCAACCCGCUCGUCGUCGUCGCCGUCGCUCGCGUCGCCAAACUGCGUCGCAAUCUCACCAACUGGUUCGUCGCCGGCCUGAGCGUCGCCAGCGUCGCCACGGCGACGUCGUUCGUCGUCGCGCUCGUCACGACGGCGUUUCUGCCCGACCCGCCCGAGAAUCUCUGUCUCUUCCUGCUCGCCGACAUCGCCGUUACGGGCGCCGCUUCCGUCAACAUGCUACUGCUAGUCACGGCCGACCGAUACGUCUCGAUCGUGCAUCCACUUCGCUACAGGCACGUUGUCACCGCCGCCAGAGCGAAGGUGGCCAUCGGCGUCGCCUGGCUGCUGUCGGUCGUCGUCGGCUCGCUCGCAUACGUCGGCGAACGCUGGGAGGUCGGUUCGUGCUGCCUCUUCGAGUUCGUCGUCGGCGAAGCGCUCGUACUGACCCUGGCGGCGCUUUUCGUCGUCUACGGUUCUCUGAUGCUAUUCAUGUACGCGACGAUCUUCCGAGCGGCGCGCGCGCACGCGCGCCGACGCACUUCCGGUGAUUCCGUCGUCGCGCGGACCGACUUCCGGCGGAAGGUCAACUCGGCGACGACGUAUUUCGUCGUCGUGAUCGCGUACGUGUUGCUGUGCGCUCCGCUGAACGUGAUAGCGGUGACCGUGUUGUACGCGGAGCUGGAGCCGCCGCUGAACACGCUGCGACGAGUCGGGUAUCUACUUUUCUACACCGGACCCGCCGUGUAUCCGCUCAUCAUCGCCGCCAGGAUGCGCGACUAUCGCCAGGCGUUCGUGCAGCUGCUGCCCGGGCUGACGUCGGCGACGGCGGCGGACGCUAACGGCGCCGACGGCGCGGAGACGUCGGCGAGUAAUCGCGUGGAGCCGUCGCCCGUCGUCGAUAGAUUCUAG